AGUAGAUCAUAUUUUCAGAGUCUUCAAAUGAUAAAUAUUUCAGAAAGACGAAAGAUUCUGAAAUGGCAACAGUAAUUGAUUAAUUCAUCAAUAAUGGAGUUUUUAAACAACACUACGUUUUCUUAUGAGAUCUGGACUGGAUCCCAAUUGCCUGAUCACGAUGCUCUCACCACGUUCAGUCUCGCAUAUGGAAAAAUUCAUGGGUAUGUUAGUCUUCUCGUUUGUUUCUUUGGAAUUCCAACUAACAUAAUAAAUAUAACAGUGCUGACCCGGAAGCACAUGCAGACUUCAAUUAACCUCAUUCUAACAUGGAUGGCUGUUUCGGAUAUGCUAACUAUGGUGACAUACGUACCUUUUGUCGUCCAUUUCUAUAUUCAGUACGGAACGUAUGAGUUGUCAGCCGAGAAAAAUACGAAAAUAUGGAUGGAAUAUCUUUUAUUUCAUAUAAACUUCUCGGCAUUGACUCACACUAUUUCUAUAUGGUUAGGUGUAUCACUUGCAAUAUUUCGAUACAUGCAUUUGCAAUCAUCAGAGACGGGAAAUCUUGUUCAUGUUCGUCGGAUCAUUCGGGCUCGUAUAGCCAUAUUUGUUAUAAUUGCUUGUUCAGUGUUGUUGAUGAUACCAAACUUCAUGUCAACGAGCCUCGAAUUGAAAGCAAACACAUCUGAAAUCGUUUAUAUAAUCGAGGAUACGAACAUAGGAACCCCAAAUAUUACGCUGAUUAAUUUUGUGAACAUGUGCAUCUACAGUGCGUUUGCCAAGUUUGUGCCAUGUUUGUUAAUGAUUGUAUUCGGAGGACUUUUGCUGCGGACUCUUGACAUGCAGGUGAGGGUUAGACGUAAAAGAAUGACUAAAUUAGGAGUCAUUAUGACCCGACCAUUACAUACGUCAAGGACGACAGUGUUACUAUUAAUUGUAAUGAUCCUGUUUCUUAUUACGGAACUUCCUCAAGGAAUUCUUAUCGUACUUAGUUUAUUUAAAAGUGGUUUUUUCUUGGAUGUUUACAUCCCCCUUGGAGAUGUUAUGGAUAUUCUUGCAUUAGUGAACAAUGCCAUCAAUUUUGUUCUUUAUUGUUCCAUGAACAGAGAGUUUAGAAGAACGCUUGUUCGAAUCUUGCGCACACGAGGACUAAAGCAUUAUCGAACGCAUGCUCACACAAAUGGCACGGGUACUGAAUUUGUGACAGAAGCGGCACAGAAACUGUCCGUCAUGGUUGACAAUCAAGCGUGCGACGAAACCAUCUCAAAAGAUCCUCUGGAGACUGCAAAUGUAAUGACAAUGGUUUCAGCAACUGAAUUAUCUACCCUGAUUGAACCUGAACAUACCGAGAAAAACAUACAAGAUAUCAAUGAGAAGAUAUUCGAUGAGAAUGAAGAAGUAAAGUAAAAGUCUAUUCGGUAGCAGGGACGACUAGAUUAUCUCUAUUUCUUUGAUUUAAUCUAUUUGAAAUGUCUAGGUUUACAGUUAGCGGUCUAAGGAUAAAGCCAUUGUAAUUCAAUCUGUUCUUAGAUAUUUUUGUUUAAUGCCUAUAGGACGACAGAAUGAACCAUAAUAGCAUUAUGUAAAUUGAAGUGGCGAACAGAUACUGACGAAAAGUCAGA